CACGUCGGGACAUAUUCGGGCCUGCGCCGUGGGUCAUGGGACGAUGAGUCACAGUCGGUUUAAAUAGGCUCAGUUUCGUUUCUGGUUUCACUCCGACAAGUCGUCUGUGCAUGCAGACCACAUGAAAAUGCAGAAUCAAAGAUGCAAGACUGCAACUGGAGCUGAGGCCACAGCGACCGGUCAGACCCAGAACACCAUCAUACCUCAGGUCAGGUACCAUCCAACUAUCCAGACUCAGAGUCAUGGAGAUGGAGCACGAGCCAAAACCACUAAAGCCAGAACCAAUAAAACUAAAAAGACCACACCUGGAGCUGUGCACCCUCCUCAGACUGGGAGCCAGCAUGGGGACAGCACUACCCAGGCUGAUCCCGUUCCUGCUGUGAGACCACCUCCAGAUAAAGGACAAAACAAAAAACAAAGCACUCAAACAUCCGUAAAGAAGACUAAUCAGAAUCUGGUUCAGACGACUGCAACAGACCCUGAUCCUCCUCAAAAACCAGAUCAGUUGUCUAACAGAAGCCCUCCUAGACCGGAACAGGUUUCUCUGGAUCUGGAUUACCAGAUGGACGGGCGUAUGGUGGAGGAGGUGGAGGUUCUGACCCGUGGACAGAGGACCAACCCAGACUGGUUUUCUUGGAGGAAGAACCGGAUCACAGCCUCUGUGGUUCAUCGCAUCGCUCACUGCCGCUUCGUUCAUGGCAAGGCCAAAACCCCACCCUCUUCCUACCUGGCUGCUAUCACAGGUGAGGGUCCAGGUGUUAAGACGAGAGCCAUGAGCUGGGGGAUCAAGAUGGAGGACAAGGCCGUCCGCAAGUACGAGAGACUGAAGAGUCAGGCCCUGGGAAGGCCGGUCUUCGUUCAGGACUGCGGCCUGUUCAUUGACGCUCAGCGGCCCUGGUUGGCUGCGAGUCCUGAUGGCAUUGUGAUGGACAGACAGACCGGCCAACAGCUGCUCUGCCUGGAGGUGAAGUGUCCCUACAAACACAGAGAGAGACGGGUGGAGGACGCCUGCAGGGACGACUCUGCCUUCUGUCUGGAAAUACAGGAUGAGGAUGGGCAGGAGCCCGGAGGGUCCCCAAUCUACCGUCUGAAGACGUCUCACAGUUACUUCACACAGAUCCAGUGUCAGCUGGCGGUGACGGGCCUGCAACGGGCUGACCUCGUCGUCUACACCCUGAAGGAGACGGCAAUCGUCCCGGUGAUCUUUGACCCAGACAUGUGGGAGGAAACAGUGUCCCUGCUGGAGGUGUUUUACAGGGACGCCGUCCUGUCUCACCUCAGAAAGAAGACAGAGCCGGAGACAGCGGAGGCCAGGAGACCGGAGCUGUAGAGACUAUCGUUGAGUGAGAGAUCAUAGGUUUGAUCCGCAUCAUGUGGAGUCCGCCGCUCUCUGGUGACCUCUGUCCACCUCUGUCCGUCUCUGUGGUGGCGGGUGGGGGUGGGUGACAGCAGCUGAUGCAGCACAGUGAGUUCAAAGUGCUGCCAGUCUGUGGUCACGGGUUUUUUAUAAGUAUUUUAUACAAUUUCUGUUACCGAGAAGAAAAGUUCAGAAACUUUUCUUGUUUUAACGAGAUUCUUUUCACUUAGAAUAUUUUCCUUGUUUUAGAUACAAAACUCUUCCAUCUCAAGAUUUUUGUAAGAAUACAUGACUUUAUCAUG